AACUCUUGCGUUGUAUGGUGUGUGUGCGCAUGUGCAUGCUGAGCGCUGUUUAUGUUGGAGUGUGUGUGUUUGAGUGUGCUCCACCACCUCAACAUACUGCGCACUUUACGAACCGACAGCGCGGACACCGAGAUGGCAGCAGCCGCCCCGAACCCUGAGGACGCUAGCCGAAACAGCGGUAGUCCGAGCGCGGCGAGCUCUCUAUCGGGAGACGGAGAGUCCGAGGAGGCCGAGGAGUUCGCCUCCGCGACCCACUGCUCAGAGCUCUCCCGACGGCAGAACGAGCAGCGAAAGCUUGGGCUCUUCUGCGACGUGACGCUGGCGUUCAGCAGCUCUCCAGAAGCCGCCAACAGCUUCGAGUUCACCGCCCACCGCUCAGUCCUGGCCGCGGCCACGGAUUACUUUACGCCGCUGCUCGGUGGUCAGUUUUCGGAGUCGGUGACGCGGCGGGUGGAGAUGAAGGAGUGGAGCAGCGAGGCAGGCCUCGACCAGGAGACGGUGGAGAGUGUAAUCCAGUUCAUGUAUACGGGCGAGAUCCGAGUGAGCACCGCAAAUGUGCAUGAGGUGCUGGAGCUGGCGGACAGGUUCUUGCUUGUGCAAUUGAAGGAUUUUUGUGGAGAAUUUCUCAAGAGGAAGCUCAGCCUGGGCAACUGUGUGGCCGUCCAUAGCCUUGCACACAUGUACACUUUGGAUCAGCUGGCCUUGCGUGCUGCUGACAUGAUUCGCCGCAACUUCCACAAAGUCAUUCAGGAUGAGGAAUUUUACACACUUCCAUUCCACCUGGUCAGAGACUGGCUGUCUGACGCAGAGAUAACAGUUGACUCUGAGGAGGUUCUGUUUGAUGCUGUGGUCAAAUGGGUUCAGAAGAACUCAGAAGAACGUGUGAAGUAUUUCGAGGAGCUCUUUCGUCUCCUCAGGCUGCCACAGAUAAAGCCGACCUAUCUUACAAGAGUUGUGAAGAAUGAGCCAUUGGUCGCACAGAACGCAGCCUGCCUACAGCUUGUGUCAGAGGCUGUGGAGGGUCAUGCGAUUCGCUUCGAGAACCUCAAAUCUGCAGAUACAGAGUUCUGGGCCUCAUACAUGGCCACGUUCCAACCAAGAUUUGGCCAGAACAUGGAUGUUAUCAUGGUGGUCGGUGGGGUCUCUGAAGGAGGCGACUAUCUGAGUGAGUGCGUAGGGUACUUUGUUUACGAGGACCGUUGGGUCAAUUUGCCACACAUCCAUAACCAUCUGGAUGGUCACGCUAUUGCUGCCACUGAUACACAUGUAUACGUGGCUGGGUCCAUGGAACCAGGAUUUGCCAAGACGGUGGAGCGUUACAAUCCAAAUCGCAACACCUGGGAACAAGUGAGCAACCUCACCACACGAAAGCAUUCCUUUGGCCUCACCUGCAUCAAAAAUAUUCUGUAUAGUAUUGGCGGUCAUGGCAACUUCAGCCCCGGCUUCAAGGAUGUGAGUGUCUACGAACCCGACCAAGACAAGUGGCACAACUUAGAAUCUGCCCCUAAGAUUUUGAGAGACGUCAAGGCCAUUAGUGUCGAAGAUCGAUAUGUUUACGUAACGGCGCGAACACCCGUAGAUACCGACAGCGAUGAUGGGUUGAAGACGGUCACUACUCGCUACGACACUGACAGUCGCCAGUGGCAGGAAGUUGACUCCUUGCCGCUUAUCGACAAUUACUGCUUAUUCCAAAUGGCUGUAGCGUCGACUAACUUCUACCACACAGCUUCCUGCUGUCCCAAGAGUUAUACCAACGUACGUGAUGAUGCAGCUCGGCAGAAGAUCAGCGCAAGGAUCUCUGAUGAUAUUCUUGAGAGUCUUCCCCCAGAAGUUACCAGUAUUGAGGGGGCAGCUAUCUGCUAUCUCGGUGAUGAUGUGUUUGUGAUUGGUGGCUGGAAGAACAGUGACGAUGUGGAUAAGCAGUAUCGAAAAGAGGCGUAUCGUUAUUGUGCUGAGCGCAAGCGCUGGAUGCUUCUGCCACCCAUGCCUCAACCACGCUGUCGUGCCACAGCGUGCCACGUGCGCAUUCCCUACCGCUUUCUUUAUGGGUGUCAGCGCUACCCAAUGCCACAGAAUUUGGCACGCCAAAGGGACCGUAUGCAGCAAAUGCAGCAGUUACAUCGUCGCACGUUAACUCUACGCAGGCAGUUACAAUCGCAGAUUGAAUGCUGAGAGUCCUAAUUGCUCUAUAGAAGAACUGCUGCAAAAAAAAUGUGAUAAUAUAGUGUCUUCAGCAUUCCCAUGAUCCCAUUCUCAUUAAGAUGUGUGUUAUUUGUUUACUUGACAUUUCAUCACUGGGAGAGUGAAUGAAAUGGCUAAUGCUGAUAAAGAGAGUAUUUUCAAUGUGACUGUGUGUAUAAUGGAAUCCUAUAAAUAUGUGAAAAGAUACGCUUGUAAAUAUUCGUACACAUGAAACAUUGUUUCAUGGCCUUGCAUGAAUUUGCCUUAUUCCCGCUGUUGGCAAGUUGCAGAAUGCUGCACAUAAUUUAUCUAGAGUCAUAACGUUCCAUGUGGUGAUGGUUGUCCUGUUACAUUUGUGGGUUUUUCGAUUAUUUUGCAGGGAGUGACAAGUGUUCUGAAUUAUUUUAUUUAUUUAUUUAUUUUUUGUCCCGCUGUAAUUAUUCGGCAUUUCAAACCCACUCACAUUUUUUGAGCAAACCAUGAGUUACUACAAGAACCACGGCAUCUUUAUUCUUCUCACUUGUUUAUUAGUUCCUGGUCUUAAUUGUGAUGAUUUGAUUUGUUUUGCACUUAAAUGCAAUGCUUUCACAGUCUUUGGCUGUAUUUGCAAAAAUGCAUUCUUCACAACUACAAGCACUUCAUUUCAGCAUUAGCCCUUGUCUUAAUCUUAUCAUUUUAUUUGAUUUAUAUUUGUUCUUUUUCAUCUUUUAAGCACAGGGAAUAAACACAGUUAUGGCCUCAGUUAUUGACGCGUGAAGGCUACACAUAAUACAGUUGCAAAACCAUACACAUGUUCAGAAUAAAGUUAAGGAACCAUUACCUCAGUGUGUGCGGGACCUUGCAACCGUACAAAAUUAUUUUGUCAUUAGUCUUGCAGUCUAUGCCAAUUCAAGAUCUCUUUAAAGACAUUUGGUUUGUGUUCUGUCAUGCAAUUCAUGUAAAUAAUUGUUAACGUUUGAUUUGAAUAGUGUUUUGUUUUUUUUGUUUUUUUCGCAGUGAACUGUUGUACAUUCCAUAUUAUGAUAUGGCUCAUACAGAUGGUACCAUUUAUGGCAUCCUUGUCUUUAUUGCAAAAGCUUUUUACAAUCCUAAUAUUUUUAUUGAACAUCAGUUUUCAUCUUUUGCUUGUUUCAUCUUUCUACAUUCCUUCAUUUUAUCUUUUACAAUGUGUGAUGUUUAAUGUCUUACAAGAAAUCUCAGUGCACUUCACUGGGUGAAAAUUUGUGAAGCAAUCAUUGGCACCAUCAAGACCAGCUUAAACAUUUCAUAAUGUUCGCCUGAAGAACAUUUUACUGUUUUUGUAGUCCACACCAAAGUCUUAAAGAAUGUCAUCUUAGCUGACCUAAUGUUAUGCUUCGAUGUUAAAAUCUUUACUAAAUGCAAGAUAGAAAUGGCUUUUGACAAUGUAUCUAUAGCUCUCGUCUUGACUUGUGCAGUUUCAUAGUAAUAUCAUACGAGAAAAAACAAUAAGACGUACAUUGAUUGAACAUACAUUAAUAAGCUUUUUUCAAACAUUUUCCUGCAUAUUGGAGACUCUGUAGAAUCUUAGAUCUUGUAUUUACUCAAUGGGAAAUGUAAGUUUUGUGUCUCUCAUGUUGAGAUGUGGUUUAAUAGUGUUUAAACUCUAUAUCAGUUUUCUCUCCUUCAUGCGCAGAGGGAAGGGGUGUGUAUGUAUGUGUGUGUGUCGACGGAGAAAGUGUCUGACAAUAAGAGUAGCAAGGCUGGGAUGUUACCUUAUCCCGCUCUCGUUGUUGUAAAGUCUUUCAAGGGCGAAUAUAGUUUUGUUGCAUGUGUUAUAAAGUAUGCACAUGUUGUGGAUCUCAGUGAUUUACAAUAAAUAUUUAUUAAAAAUCUGA